CUGCGAGCCGCCACCCUCGCGCCUGUUGCGGGGCACCAGGCCGGGAGCGCGAGGAGUGCGCGGAAGGAGCCAUGGCUCUGGACGGGAUAAGGAUGCCAGAUGGCUGCUAUGCGGAUGGGACGUGGGAACUGAGUGUCCAUGUGACGGACCUGAACCGGGAUGUCACCCUGAGAGUGACCGGGGAGGUGCACAUUGGAGGGGUGAUGCUCAAGUUGGUGGAAAAACUCGAUGUGAAAAAAGAUUGGUCUGACCAUGCUCUCUGGUGGGAAAAGAAGAAAACUUGGCUUCUUAAAACACAUUGGACCUUGGAUAAGUACGGUAUUCAAGCAGAUGCCAAGCUUCAGUUCACCCCUCAGCACAAGUUGCUCCGUCUACAACUUCCCAACAUGAAAUAUGUGAAGGUGAAAGUUAAUUUUUCUGACAGAGUCUUCAAAGCUGUGUCUGACAUCUGUAAGACAUUUAAUAUCAGACACCCAGAAGAACUUUCUCUCUUGAAAAAACCCAGAGAUCCCACAAAGAAAAAAAAGAAAAAGCUUGAUGAUCAGUCUGAAGAUGAGGCACUUGAACUUGAGGGGCCUCUUAUUACCCCUGGUUCAGGAAGUAUAUAUUCAAGCCCAGGACUUUAUAGUAAAACAAUGACUCCCACUUAUGAUGCUCAUGAUGGAAGCCCUUUGUCACCAACUUCUGCUUGGUUUGGUGACAGUGCUUUGUCAGAAGGAAAUCCUGGUAUACUUGCCAUCAGUCAACCAAUCACAUCACCAGAAAUCCUGGCUAAAAUGUUUAAGCCUCAAGCUCUUCUUGAUAAAGCAAAAAUUAACCAAGGGUGGCUUGAUUCAUCACGCUCUCUUAUGGAACAAGACGUGAAGGAAAAUGAGGCCUUGCUGCUCCGAUUCAAGUAUUACAGCUUUUUUGAUUUGAAUCCAAAGUAUGAUGCAAUCAGAAUCAACCAGCUUUAUGAGCAAGCCAAAUGGGCUAUUCUCUUAGAAGAAAUUGAGUGCACAGAAGAAGAAAUGAUGAUGUUUGCAGCUUUACAGUAUCAUAUCAAUAAACUGUCAAUCAUGACAUCAGAGAAUCAUUUGAAUCACAGUGACAAAGAAGUUGAUGAAGUUGAUGCUGCCCUUUCAGACUUGGAAAUUACCUUGGAAGGGGGGAAAACAUCAACAAUUUUGGGCGAUAUCACUUCUAUUCCAGAACUUGCUGACUAUAUUAAAGUUUUCAAGCCAAAAAAGCUGACUCUGAAAGGUUACAAGCAGUACUGGUGCACCUUUAAAGAUACAUCUAUUUCUUGCUAUAAGAGCAAAGAAGAAUCCAGCGGUACACCAGCACAUCAAAUGAACCUAAGAGGAUGUGAAGUUACUCCAGAUGUGAACAUUUCAGGCCAGAAAUUUAAUAUUAAACUCCUGAUCCCAGUUGCAGAAGGCAUGAAUGAAAUCUGGCUUCGUUGUGACAAUGAAAAGCAGUAUGCACACUGGAUGGCAGCUUGCAGAUUAGCCUCCAAAGGCAAGACCAUGGCAGACAGCUCAUAUAACCUCGAAGUUCAAAACAUCCUUUCCUUCUUGAAAAUGCAGCAUUUAAAUCCAGAUCCUCAGCUAAUACCAGAGCAGAUCUCAACUGAUAUAAAUCCUGAAUGUCUGGUAUCCCCUCGCUACCUGAAAAAGUACAAGAACAAGCAGAUCACAGCAAGGAUAUUGGAAGCCCAUCAAAAUGUAGCCCAGAUGAGUUUAAUUGAAGCCAAGGUGAGAUUUAUUGACGCUUGGCAGUCUCUGCCAGAAUUUGGCAUCACACACUUCAUUGCAAGGUUCCAGGGAGGCAAAAAAGAAGAACUUAUUGGAAUUGCAUACAACAGACUGAUUAGAAUGGAUGCAAGCACCGGAGAUGCAAUUAAAACUUGGAGGUUCAGCAACAUGAAGCAAUGGAAUGUAAACUGGGAAAUAAAAAUGGUCACAGUAGAGUUUGCAGAUGAAGUACGAUUGUCCUUCAUUUGUACUGAAGUAGAUUGCAAAGUAGUCCAUGAAUUCAUUGGUGGCUACAUAUUUCUGUCAACACGUGCAAAAGACCAAAACGAGAGUUUAGAUGAAGAGAUGUUCUACAAACUUACCAGUGGUUGGGUGUGAAUAGGAAAUACUGGGUACUGAAACUCCAUGGCCAUAUUUAACAUUAAAAGCUGUUAUUAUAUGCUGCUUAAUAAAAUAAGCUUGGAAUUUAUCAUUUUAUCAUGAAUACUUAUUUGCCUUUCCAGAUAAGUUAAUAUGUGCACUAACAAGCACGAUUGUUAAUCUGCUAUCAUGAUACAGUAUAUAUGGCUAUUGAAUGCAGCACACAUUCUUUAGGGCCAUGAAUGAAAAAUGAAAUAAUAAGCAAGUCAGAAACAAAGCAUAACUGAUUGAAGCUAGCCAAACUGAGAAACUCAAGCCAUCUACUUUAAAGCUAUCCAGGGCUUAAACAAUAUGAAGUCUGUUGUGUUUAAUGCAUGUAUUUUAAUGUAUGUUUAAUUUGACCUCAUGUUUUAAAGUCUCACCCUUCUGCUAGCCAUCUGAUUGUCUUUUCCCACUACACACACACCCACACAUCCCUGUAAAUCGGGCCUGUAACAGAUGUCUAGUAUUUAAUACCAUGUCAUUAUUUGAUCUUGAAGGAAAAUGCUGUUGGUCCAUUAUGCGUGGUUUUGUCCUUCAGUAAGCAUGUACAUUUGUCUUGUGUUUAUUUUUACACCGUAUUGUAUUACAGUACUUUUAGUAUUCACCAGCAUAUUUACUGUCUGCCUAAAAUAUGCAAAUUUUGCAUUACAAUAUGAAGUAAAGGUCUAUGAAGUAUGCAUUUUGUGUAACUAAUGUACAAACACAAAUUUUAUAAAAUUGUACAGUUUUUUUUAAGAAAAACUACUCACAACUAGCAAAUGGCUUAAAUAAUAACAUUUUUGCAUUAAUUGCUUUUGAAAGAUAUAAAUAUCAAUUUGGUAGCAAUUAAUUAUUCGCAGUUUUAAAAUCUGCUAAGUUAAGAAUGACUUCAGUACAGUCAUAAUUUGCCACAAUGACCUUAAUUCUUAAUGUCAGGACUGGCCAUGUUCUAGUCUUUUGCGCUAUUACAAUCUGCAUUGGUGCUAGUCAGAAAAUCCUAACUCUCACACAGCCCAAAAGGGCACCAGGGAGGGAUGGAUUACCAGUAUUGUUGAUUAAUUAAUGGUUUAAAGACUGUAUAAAUGCAUUUUAUUUUAAAUAAAAGCAAAAUGUUUUAUUUAAUA